AUGGCGCCUGCCAAUUUGGAACAAAAAGGGAUAUAUCUAGCAAGGAAGAAAAAGACAGAGGAGGAGGAGCAGGAGAAUCCCACCACUCGGAACAUGGGAUUAAUCAGGACAUUGUUAAUUGAUAACUAUGAUAGCUAUACAUACAAUGUCUUCCAACACUUGUCAGUAAUCAACGGAGUGCCUCCUCUUGUUGUGAGAAACGACCAAUGGACUUGGGAAGAUGCUUACCAUUAUUUGUACCAAGAAAAUGCCUUUGACAAUAUCGUCAUAUCACCUGGUCCUGGUUCACCAACAUGCCCCACAGACAUAGGAAUAUGUCUUAAGCUACUUCAAGAGUGCGGAGAUAUACCUAUAUUGGGUGUUUGCCUUGGACACCAGGCCUUAGGAUACGUUCAUGGUGCACAAAUUAUCCAAGCUCCGGAACCAAUCCAUGGACGUCUGAGCGAAAUUGAUCAUAAUGGAUGUAGAUUGUUUCACAACAUUCCUUCUGGAAACAAUUCAGGAUUUAAG